GCAGGCGGAGAGCAUCCUUCCCGACCGUCCCGGGAGGCGGCGCCGAAGACGCGACCCGACCCCCGGGACCGCACCUCCGAGACCCGCUGCGCUCCCUCGGCCCGGGGAGCCCGACGCGAGGUUACAGCGAGAUUUGGGGCGCUCGGUUUUUCUCCCCUCCACAAGUGCCAUUUCCCUCUCUCUCUCAAAGCCAGAUAGUGCGCUGGGAGAGCUGCUGGAUUCUCCGCUUCCAGACCAUUCCCCGGAGGGCGUGGCCGGCGUGGCUGGCCGAGCGGCCCGGGAAAGUUGGCCUGGGCUGGGAGUGACUGGUUUUGCGCCUGAAGAGAGCGAGGAGGACAGCGCGGCGCAUCCUCGGGAGCAGACGUCUGUGAAGCACCGUCCGUGACAGCAGUAGAGACACGUUUACGUGGUGCUUUGUUUUGUUUACACACUGAGUGGCUUUUCGGUUGAAAUGCUAUUUUGGUUAAAGGAAGAGAUGGCCCCCCAGGAGCUGAGCCGGCGACUGGCCACAGUGAUCACUCAUGUCGAUGAAAUUAUGCAGCAGGAAAUCAGGCCCUCAGUGGCAGUGGAUAUAAUUGAACAACUUCACAGACAGUUUGCCAUUCUCUCAGGAGGUCGAGGGAAAGAUGGUGCACCCAUCAUCACUUUCCCAGAGUUUGUGGGGUUCAAACACAUCCCAGAGGAAGACUUUCUGAAUGUCAUGACCUACCUGACUAGCAUCCCCAGUGUGGAGGCUGCCAGCAUUGGAUUCAUCAUUGUUAUUGACCGACGAAGGGACAAGUGGAGCUCCAUAAAAGCAUCAUUGACACGAAUAGCUGUAGCAUUUCCAGGAAACUUGCAGCUCAUAUUCAUCCUUCGUCCAUCUCGCUUUAUCCAGAGGACAUUCACUGACAUUGGCAUUAAAUAUUAUCGAGAUGAAUUUAAAAUGAAAGUUCCGAUCAUUAUGUUAAACUCUGCAUCUGACCUUCACGGCUACAUUGACAAAAACCAACUGACAGAGGAUUUAGGGGGAACUUUGGAAUACCGCCACAGUCAGUGGAUAAAUCAUCGAACUGCCAUUGAAAAUUUUGCCAUGACAUUGAAGACCACUGCCCAGAUGCUUCAGAUGUUUGGGGACUGCCUAACCACAACAGAGCUGCCCACAGGUGUGCUGUCCACGGAAGACCUCCUCAUGUCCCACACAAGGCAGCAGGACAAGCUGCAGGAUGAGCUGAAAUUACUUGGAAAGCAAGGGACCACAUUGCUGUCGUGUAUUCAAGAACCAGCGACCAAAAGUUCCACCAGCAAACUCAAUCCCAAUGAACUAGAGAAUGUAGCUACCAUUGAAAGGUUAUUACUUCAGUUGGAUGAGACAGAAAAAGCCUUUAAUCAGUUUUGGUCUGAGCAUCACUCAAAGCUUAACCAAUGCCUACAACUACAACACUUUGAGCACAAUUUUUGUGAGGUUAAGCUUGCCCUGGACAAUUUGUUGGCAGAGCAAGCGGAGUUUACAGACAUUGGAGACAGUGUGAUUCGUGUGGAGCAAAUACUUAAGGAACACAAAAAACUGGAAGAAAAAGGCCAGGAGCCCUUGGAAAAGGCCCAGCUGCUUGCAAUAAUUGGGGACCAGCUCAUCCAAAGCCACCACUAUGCAAUGGAUUCCAUCAGACCGAGAUGUGUAGAGCUCAGGCACCUCUGUGAUGACUUCAUCAAUGAAAACAAGAAAAAACAUGACAUUUUACAAAAGUCUUUGGAGCUGCAUAGACAGCUGGACAAGGUCAGCCAGUGGUGUGAAACAGGAAUCUACCUUUUGGCUUCCCAAGCUGUAGACAAGUGCCAGUCACGAGAGGGGGUUGACGUUGCCUUGAAUGACAUCGAGGCAUUCCUGAGUACGGCGAAGGAGUACCAGUUGCCCAGCCACAUGGAAUUUUACAGCCAGUUUGAGUUGAUACUCACCAUUGAUGUAAAGGCCAAAGCCCAGGAAGUACUGCAGAAGCUGUGCGAUGUACAGGAAAUAUUUCACAAGAGGCAAAUGAGUUUGAUGAAACUGGCAGCCAGACAGACUCGCCCAGUGCAACCUGUGGCCCCUCAUCCUGAGUCCUCCCCAAAAUGGAUGUCACCAAAAACCAGCCAGCCCUUCACCUUGGCUCCUCUUCAGAGAACAUCUGAGGAAACUUAUACAGGGACAUUAGAAAAGGAAGAUGAUGAGACUAAAUUUGAAGUCAAGAAUGAAGAAAUACUGGAAAGCAGUCAUGAUGGGGAGAACCCUGGACAAGAGCAGCUUGAGAGUCCUGAAAAUCUUUCCCCUACCAGGCGCAUUAUACAUGACUUGCUUGAGACGGAAGAGAUUUAUAUAAAAGAGAUUAAGAGCAUAAUUGAUGGAUAUAUCACUCCAAUGGAUUUUAUUUGGCUGAAGCAUCUGAUUCCAGACGUUCUUCAGAAUAACAAGGAGUUUCUCUUUGGGAAUAUUAGAGAACUUUAUGAAUUUCACAACAGGACUUUUCUGAAAGAACUGGAAAAGUGCACUGAAAACCCCGAAAUGCUGGCACGCUGCUUUCUCGAGAGAAAAGAAGAUCUUCAAAUAUAUUUUAAAUACCAUAAGAAUCUGCCCCGAGCUAGAGCAAUCUGGCAAGAAUGUCAAGACUGCACCUUCUUUGGGGUUUGCCAGCGCCAACUGGAUCACAAUCUCCCUCUUUUUAAGUAUCUCAGAGGACCAAGCCAGAGACUUAUAAAAUAUCAGAUGCUGCUGAAGGGUCUGCUGGAUUUUGAGUCUCCUGAGGAUUUGGGAAUAGACACAGGUGACCAGGAAGGAAGCUUGGCUAAGAAUGGGCCAAAGAGAACCAAGGAUUCAGCUUUCUCAGCCGAACUACAACAGGCUUUGGCCAUGAUGGAAGAUUUGAUCAAGUCCUGUGAAUUGGCCGUGGACCUGGCAGCUGUCACUGGAUGUCCGGAUGAUAUCAGGAAACUGGGAAAGCUACUGAAGCAUGGCUCUUUCAACGUGUGGACAAUUCACAAGGAUCGUUAUAAAAUGAAGGAUUUUAUUCGAUUUAAGCCCAGACAGAGGCAAAUCUAUCUAUUUGAAAGGGGAAUUGUAUUCUGUAAGAUACGAAUGGAGCCCAGUGACCAGGGCCUAUCUCCUCAUUACAGCUUUAAGAAAUCUAUGAAGUUGAUGACACUUUCAAUUCGCCAGCUUGGAAGGGGGAGCAACCGGAAGUUUGAACUUGCCAACCGGAAUGGACUCGAGAAAUACAUCCUGCAGGCAGCUUCGAAAGAAAUCAGAGAUUGUUGGUUUUCAGAAAUAAGUAAAUUACUGAUGGAACAACAAAACAAUAUUAAAGAUAUUUAUGAAGAUGAAGAAAAUGGCAAACAAAUCUCCCCCAAAUGCUGCUCCAGCAGCGAGUGUAUCUCCAUGGAAACCUUUGAGGAGCGGAAAGGUGCAGAAGAUAUGGAAAAGGAGAGCAGUGCUCUGAGUCUAUCCGGACUCUUCCAGUUGGACGACAGUUACGAAACGUGUUCCUCCAAACCUGUCCUGGCCACAGGAGAAAGCAUCCCGGGAAAAAGAGAAGGUGGAGACGAGGACAUGAAGCCUUCAGGCAUCGCCACAUUUCUCCUGGGGUGGGAGUGCGGAGAUCCGUUGAGAACCUCCUAUCGGAGCCUUGGUGGAAGCGGGUCGCUCUUCUCCCAGGAUCCCCCCAAGAAUGUUGGCGUGGUGUUUGUUACUUUGUUCCCGGAUUCUAUCUUUUCAAGCACCCGAGGAUUGUCUCCUGUGUGACUCAAGAAAAUCACUUCAGAAUUCAAGAAAACAAAAAUAAGCAUCUCACUUUAUUCAUAAAGAAGCCCUUGACUUCGUGGCCAAAAAAAGGGCAGAGACUAAGGGACAGACGAUCCGGGACAGGCUCUUCAGCAAAAU